GACGCUGGACUCACACUCGGCUCACACUCCGCUGCGGCAUCGAACACGGAACUUUACUCUGCAGUUUCCCCCGGAUUUGGACGAACUGGAUUAACGGUCCACGGGACUUUACCGGAUCUUAAUGAUCUUUACUCUGGACCUGGUGGAUUAUUUGUCUGACGUCAACAUGACUCUGGAGGAAGUGAUCGCACCGAACUGCUCCGAGAAAAGGAUGGAGACGGUGCGCGCGGCCCUGGAGAAGCUGCUGGUCGCGGCCCAACGGCAGAACUGUCUCACUGUGGGCGUGUACGAGUCCGCCAAACUCAUGAAUGUGGACCCGGACAGCGUGGUCCUGUGCGUGCUCGCCACCGAUGAGGAGGAUGAAGAUGACAUCGCGCUGCAGAUCCACUUCACGCUGCUUCAGGCGUUCUGCUGCGACAACGACAUCAACAUCAUGCGCGUGUCCGGCGUCAGGAGGCUCGCUCACGUGCUGGAGGAGGACACCGAGGACAGUAACGGGAACGAGCCCCGGGACCUGCACUGCAUCCUGGUCACGAACCCCCCCGUGCAGCCGCUGCAGUGUCCGGCCCUGCAGGACGUCAGCAGCUUCUGUGACGAGAGUCGCUGCAGGAACCAGUGGGUCCCAUACGUGGCGCUGCAGGACCGCUGAGCGGAGCCGAGCCAGACCGCCGCCCAGCGGCGAGACACAGGAACCAGUCCGACAACCGGCCUCAUGCACAAGAGGAAUACCGUUGUUAGAGUGACGCCACGGACCGAACAGGACGAGCCCCGGGGAGAGGAGAGGGAGGGGGGGAAGGACUUCCUGCUUCCCGAUUGGUGGAUAAGUUGGUCCCGGGUGCACAUGAUGUCCCGGAAGUGGACCAGAAGGGUUCGGGUCCAGAGAAGACGGGAGAGUUAAUACUGAAACGUCACAUGCUGAUUGGCAGCACCUGGCUGUCACGUGACUGAACUGACCAAUGACUGAGGGGGGGCGGAGCUCACCUGAGCUGCAGGAGUUCUGCUCACCUGUCAGAGAGCGUGACGUCAUAUGUUUUCAUUAUAAGUGACGUGAUGAUGUCAGCGGUUAAAAGUGAACAGAGCCAAUGAACAUGAAUUCAACUGUUGUGAUCAAUAAAUGAUUGAAGCAGAAA